GCUCCCACGUCCGAGGCUAACGGUGAAUUCCGCUUUGCACUGUGAUUCGCAUUUCACCACCCCCGUUUUCCACCUAACCCCCGCCUUCCGCAUAUCCUGCUGCUACUGCUGUUGUUGUUGUUUUCUAUAUGCCUCAAAAACUUCGGUUUAACGGCAAAUACAAGGGCAUUACUUGCACAUUUGUAAUAUUUUGGUUGUUUUACUGUCCUGUGUUUUAAAAUUAAGUUAUAAACGGCAAGAAAAAGAGUGGCGUCACACGAAAAGAAAAUUUUCUUUGGCGUCGUCGAGCUGACUGUGUAUGUGUGUGAGCUGGUGCUCUCUUGAGUGACUCAGCAGCAACAACAAUCGCAACGCACAAAAGCAUGCUACGCUAAAUUGCAUUUGGCGUCUGUCAAGGACAAAACAAAGCGCUGUUGUGUGAGUGCAACCACAACAACAACAACAACAAGGACAACAACAGCAUGUGGCACAAAUAACGGAACUGCAAAAGUAUCAACAGCAAAAAAUAGAAAAAAUAGAUAGGAAAACAAAACAAAAGGCAGGAACAAAUCACACACGAGGGCCAAAAACAAAACGGAGGCUGCAAAAAAAGAAAAACGAAAAUAAGGGGAGAGGCAAACACACACCUCCGCCCCCUGCUCCCCAGGACAUUUGGCGCCAGCUUGGGCAGCGACUGCGACUGAGGCAGAAAACCAUGUGGUUCCAUCCCUUUCCCUCUCACGCGGCCGUGCUGCAGUGGCUCCUGCUCUCCUUUGUCCUCCUCUUCUCGCUGCUCCCAGCGAACGUGACGGCUAGAUUUUGUGAGGGCUGCAGCCAGGGCUGUUGCACGCAGGGCUGUUGUCCGCCGUACCAGGGCGGGCCACGCCCCCUGCCACCGCCCUCGGACUCCCACGUUCUCAACUUGUUUUUCGCCACCCACUGGUUCUUUUGGUGCGUGGUUGUGGCCAUUAUCCUGGCCAUCCUGUGUGCCUAUUCGCUAUGGAAGAAACGAAGGACUCUGUGUGGCUGGGGAUUCAACGAGCAUCACACCCAAUCCGAGGGCGACUCCGCCGGCUCCUGCUACGCGCCCCCGCAAUAUAGUCGCUGCAACUCGUUCCAUCAUCCGCCACCACCUUACACGGAGGUCACCUCCAAACCGGAUCUGUACCCGCUCGUCUUCACCUGCAACAGCGACUCGGGUAAUGGCAAGGGCAACGGCAGCUCCAGCUACCUGAUGGUCCAGUACUUCCGGAACUACAUUGUCCGCCCGGCGGCCGGGGGAUCCCUCAGUGCGGCCAGCACCGUGGACUCGCUGAGCUCCAGCUUCAUUUGCAACGCGAACGAGGCCAACACCCUGGUGCCGCCACCGUAUUCCCGGGCAGCCAGUCCGGAGCUGGGACUGCACCACUAUGUGGCGCACGCCCAUGCCCAUGGACACGGCCACAGCAGCCACCUGCGGUCCAUGGAGCAGGCCCAGGCGCCGCACCAGGUGGCGGCCAGUGCUCCGCUGGCCUCGGUGCACUACGCCAUGCCGCGAUCGGCCUCCCAGCUGGUGGAGCCGGAUGUCUACCAGCCGCGACUGAUGCCCUCGGCCCAGCAGGCGCAGCACUAUGCCACCGUUGCCCUGGGCAGUGCCCCCGGUGGUGGGGCGCUCUACAGCACCCGGUUGCAUGCCUCGCACGAGGAGGGAGUGGGCGUUGGAGUGGGUGUGGGCGUGGGCGUGGGCGUGGGCGUGGGCGUGGGCUACCUCCAGUCGCAGAGCGAUCAGCACUUCCGGUACAUGGCGAACAGCAGCAGCAGUCUCAGCGACAUCUUCGUGAACAACAGUUGUGUGGCAGGAAUGCUGCCCGAGAGUGGAGGAGCUGGAGGCGCCUCGCAGGGCGCGGAAAGUGGAGCGGCGACGCAGGCCGCCUCGCUGAACAGCCUGGCGAUGGGCGGCCUGGGUGAGUCACUGGCCGGUGGCACCGUCGGCGGAGGAGGAGCCUCCGGGGGAUCGGGAUCGGGACCGGUGAUCUACAGCAACGGCUGCAUCCAGCCGAAUCCGCUGCACAGCCUGGAGAACUGCUGUCCACCCUCCACCCAGGUGUCCGGGGUGAGCAGUCUGGCCAACAUUGGGACGCCGGGAUCGCCGCCACAGGCGACCAGUCCGACGGGCGAGGUGCGCGAGAUUCUCGACCAGAUCCGCCAGCUGCAGGCGGGCGUCAGCUACGAGCAGCUGCUCCUCGGCGGCCAGGGAGCGAAGCCGCGGCUGCAGCACACCCUGUCGACGCCAUCGAACUCGCAGCAGAUGCUGCAGCCCAUCCUAACCACAUCCGCGUCCGCAUCGAUUUCCGGCGGCAGCGGCAUUGGAACCAACAGCAGCAGCACCACCAGCACCACCACCGGCACCACCGGCCGCAGUAAAAAGUUCUUUGCAUCCGGCGGCAAAGCGCAGCCGAACAAGGCUCUGUACAUCCCGAUGGCGGCCAUCGGGGGAUCGGGAUCCGGCUCGGGUGCCCAGCGAUGUGUGCUGAAGAGUCCGGUGAGCAGCGUGGUCAGUGGAGCCAGCUUCUUUGUGAACCGCGGGCGAGUGGCCCGCAAGGGUUGGAUCACCAGAUCGGCGCCCACGACUCCGGGCAGUGCCCUGCCGCCGAAUCGACUGGGUGACGACAGUCCUCUGCUGCUCAACGAGCACGAUGAAGAUGCCAUCGACGACGACGACGAUGAGGAGGAGGAGGAGCACCAGCAGCAGCAGCAUCACCUCCACCUCCACCACAACCAGCAGCAGCAGCAGCAGCAGCACCAGCCAGCUCAGAGUCGGGAUAACGAGAGCGACACGGAAACGGAGGCGGAGGCGGAGGCCAGGAACCAUCAUCGCCAGCAGCGCCAUCAGCGCGCCGGACAUCGCAGCCAUCGUCGUGGACAGCUUGAAUAAUAGUGGGCGUGGUCGUUGCAAUCGCCAGUGUCAUUUAGUAGUUGUUGUUGUAGCUCAAGGUUCUCCUUUAGGAAUAAGCUUUUAAACGAACAGUGGAGAAAUGUUUGGGAGCCGGCAGCACGCUUCUUAGUCUGAUGGAAGAAAGCCCCGGAAAGAAGAUAGAUGAGGCAAAUCUACGGUCGGUUAACUUUUAGUUUCGUUUGCAGGACCAAAAGGUUCUUUAGAUUUUUGCAAGGCAAAACAUUUUAAAACAUUCCUUAAACCAUUAUUGUAAAGUUUCAUUAGAUUGUUUAGUUUCAUUAGAUUGUUUACUUUCAUUAGAUUGUUUCAUUUCUAUGAAUUUUAAACAUUUUUUGAACCUACAGAGUAAAAUCAAAUUCUUAGACAAGCUUAACAAAAAUGUUUUUAAGUUUUAAAAUCAAAUUCUAAUUUGUUAAAUUAGUUUGAAAUGAGAAAGCAGUUCAAGAAGUCGGUUAAUUUUAAGAUUAUAGAAUAGGCCAUAAAUGUUUUGUGAAAUUUUAAACUGAAUGAAAGGCGCUGAGGACAGACGUUGAACUUAAAUAUAACAAUAACCAAGAGUUCUGACAAUAGAUCAAUAAAACUUACCAUUUUUUCAUCAAUCAGUAUUACAAAGAAAACCAACCAAAGUAAAUCAUUAUCUAUAUCCCAUUUCUAUUCAAGUAAAAAUGUUUGUUGAGCUUCCGUGGUUAGAUAAAUGAUUUAAAUAUACACAUAGCUAUUAUUAGGUUCAGAUAGUUUAGCAAUUGAAUCUACUUUAAAAAUUCUUGUGAAAGCUGGACAGGUUUCAAAACAUCCAAAAAUACCAAUUUUCAACUUUUACUGAUUUAAAUUCAUAAAUUUAGACCUAAAUUGUUGUCCGGUGAUUUAAAAAAGUCAUUUCAAACUUCGAACACACUAAAACAAACAAGAAAUGAUAUUAUUUUUAACCAAAACUGCUUGAAAACUUUUUAAAACGAAAAUUGCACAAAAGAUUUAAAUCAAUCUAGGUUAAAAUAUAAAAAUAAUAAACCAAUGAAAACAAAAAGAGCAAAAAAAUUCAAAAGAAAAGAGUCGGAUUUGUCGCCUAGAUGGAGAUUUUGUAAGUAACUAGAUGUUAAGAACUUGUUCACACACAAAUAAUGCAAACACGUCACGUACAGAUACAGAUACAGAUACAGAUACAGAAACAGAUACAGAUACAAAGAUACAGAUACAAAGAUACAGAUACUUCGGCUUGGGGAAGUCCUUCUGAAACGCUUAGAGUUAUGUGAAAUACGCGAAACUGUGCAGGCAUUCGGUUGGAAUUUAAGGCAUAAGCACUAGACGGAGAAUCUAAAUUAAAUUAUAUUUAAACGUAAAAUUACCAAAUGAGACUAAGGGGUUACGAUCCGGGGGCUAAAAUGGAAAAGUUUGAAUGCAGCAGUGCCUUUUCAACCUUAUAAACCACAACCAAAAGAGCGCAACAUACAAAAAUUGAGACAUUUUAAAAAAGGGAACCAGUCGAAAAACAAAAAAAAAGAUCGAACGCAUCCACAGACAGACAGAAAACAAUCCAAUAAACGAGGCAAUAUUUAUAAAUCUGCUUAAGCAUUAGAUUAUAUGAGAUAAAUACCCAGAUGUGUAUGCGACAAUUACUUUAUGUGAAUUUUACAAUUCAUUGUCAUUUUCUUGGGCGGUUUCGCCGGGUCCUUUAUCGAUCAGUUAGCUAUUCUGGCUUAUUUCAACACGAUCCAGUUCGAAUAUCUGUGCUUCAAUACACAUAACUAUAUAAUUAUACAAUUAAUUAAUUAACUAGCAAAGCGAAACUGAAGGCGUUCAAGGCAUACAAAGGUCUCCAAAAGCAAGUGAAUUGUUGUAAAGUCGGAUAACAUAAACCAAAGUAAAUGAAACGAAAACCAAACCGAAAGAGAACUAAGAACCCAGUUUAAGUCAAAUAUACAAAGAUGGAAAAUAAAAACAAUAAA